AUGCCGCCGACCAGCCUCCGUCUCCCGCCGACGUCGACGUGGUCACGUGUACGGUCCUGGCCGCCGUCUAUGUCCCCGACAAAUUUGUGGUGGUUGCCGGGGUGCCAGUCUGCUGUGGACUGCUACCGUCUCGGUCGCGCGCGUAUCAACUCGGCCUCCUUGCUUCUCCUCGCACACAUUUUUUUUUUUUUAACCUAUCCCUUGUCUCGGGGCCCCGUCCGGUCGAGAGGCGGAAAAUGGCAUGUCUUCUCACUUGAUAGUCGAGAGGCAUCUCACCGUCCACCGCGUCGUUCUUUCUUCAUGAAAGAAUUGCCCGUUUCUUACGCGGAGGAAACCGGGACACCGCGGGUCGCUUCCCUUACGACCGCGAGCAGUCCUAGAUUGCAAAACGUUGACUACGGCCACGCGCAAACAGCAACAGUGGUAGCACCAUCGUUUCGCUCUCGGAGGUCGAAAUACAAACCUUGGGCGUCUCGAAGCCAGUCUGUGCCGCCGCCGCCGCCGUAUUCUGCCGUCACAGUGCGUGGUCGCGUUUUGCUGUCUUACCUCAAACACCGCCGCCCUCGGCUCGGACGAGACGACCCGCUGAACUUAAGCAUAUCGCUAAGCGGAGGAAAAGAAACCAACCGGGAUUCCCUUAUUCGGAGUUCCCUCGAUCGGGGCCGCCCGCGGCGGGUGCCAGGCCCAUUCGGUGCGGACGGCGAGCGACGGCCUUCGAUCCGAGAGUCGGGUUGCUUGGGAACGCAGCCCAAAUCGGGUGGUAAGCUCCAUCCAAGGCUAAAUACCGGGACGAGUCCGAUAGUCGACAAGUACCGGGUAAACGGGUGGGACCGCUCACCGCGAUCGCGGGGGACUCAGUCCGGUGCUGCCGAACGUGGCCCAAACUCGAUUUGGUUGUUGCCCGGGCUUCGCUCGGGCGGCGGCGCCCAUCUCAGGCCGGCGCGGACGUCGUUCUGGGGGUCACCGGCGGGGAACGCAGUUUGUCGGCAGCUCUGCCGCCGGCAACUCGACCUCGACGCCCUCCGGAUUCUGCUUUUGCGCUCGCGUCGCCGACGGGAGAGACGGGCCGCGGGGAACGAGGAGAGCGCGGCGGUCGCCGCUGUCGCUGCUGCCGCCGCUGUGGCGGCGAUUCGCGUCGCUGCUGCUGCUGCUGCCGCCGUGGCCGCCGUCGCUGCCGUCGUGGCUCCUCCUCUCCAUUCCUCGCGAUCACCCGCACCUUUCCUUCGCUCGGCAUCAUAUGGCGCGGGCGCUUCGGCGCGACGCUCACAUUCCGCACGGCCGGCACCGGACGCACUUCCCCUCCGGUCCGUCGUCGCGACCCGUUCCCGGCGUGCAGGUCGACGCGCGGUGUCCGUAGGCGGAAGGCGCACUCUAAACUCCACCCCACCUGCUUGUCGGGGGGGGCGGAGGCGUCUUCUGUCGGGCCCGCGAGCGUACUGCCCCUUCUGCCGGGGACGGAGGAAACGAAAACGCGAUCCGUUACACGUGGCGAACCGGUUUCUUCUCGUCGGACGAUCCGCGCGGCGCUUCGCGCGCCCUCGGCGCCCCACCGUCUCGGGCGCGCGCGGGACAGUGUUCGCGGGAGCUUCGAAACCGGCGCGGCCGCGUCGAUUCCCGUGCCGGCGCGCGACGUCGUCUCGUCGCGUCGUCUUCUCCGCGUCCGGACGCCAAAAUCUGGGCGCGCGGGAGGGCACUGCCAGCGCGGUAGGUCGGCGUCUCACUGUGCCGCCCGUCACCCGGGUCCGCGACGUGCAUCGGCAACCCACCCGACCCGUCUUGAAACACGGACCGAGGAGUCCUGGCCGUUCGCGAGUCGUAGGGGCCCCGAAGAACCCCGAAGGCGCAGCGAAAGCGAGAGAGCGCGUGGGGGGCACCGGUUCUGGGAGAGGUGUCGCGGCGAAAGCGGUUCCGGCGGGGAGUUUCUCGCUUCCUUCCGCCUGCCUAGCCGUGCCCGAUUCCGCCGGCGCUUGCCGUCUUCGUCCCGUCGUUCGUUUCCCUCUUUUCUUCCGUCCGUCCCGUAUCGGUUCCUCCACGAUUUUCCCGUCGCCGGGAGAUGACGCAGGGGGCUCAGGCGCUUGUGGCGGGGGAAAACUCACGGGGUUCGUUCGCGGCGGGGUGCAGCCUCAAACUUUCCUCCCACCGCCCACCGGUGAGAUCCCGCGGCUUGAACUAGUCACGAUUUAG